AAGCUUGGAAAAUUAUGUCUUUGUAAUCAAAUAGUAGUGGUUAAAUCAACAUUUUUCAGGGGGAGGUUGACACAGACUGGAACGCCCAAAAUUAAAUCACCCCGACCAAUCACGUAUUAGCGCGUAUAGGGGGGUCUGGGUAUUGACGCAAUUGCUUAUAAAUUGGGAGUGCAGACAUUUUUUGUUGUGAGGUCUUCUCCACCUCGGGAUGUCCGCCAUUAUUGCUACCGAUGUUUCUCUGACGAGUUUUCUCUGAAGGCUUCCUGAGAUUCCUCACAAAAACAUCGUCGCGAGGAAGACAACGACCCAAGCUACAACCUCCCGAAGUUUUAGGUGAUUACGACGAUUUUGAGGUGGAGAAAUCGUCGCCGAAAGUUGGUGUGAACUGGGUGGUUCCACUGGGCCAGAGCGGUGUGUUUGUGCGAAGAGACGUGGCCCCUGGUCACGUGGUCUCGGUACAAUUUUAUUUUUUUCUGCGUCAAAUCUGGGAAAUUGUGGCCCUUGCUUCGUGGGAUUUUCCUGUGAAAGAGUCAACCUUUCCGUCCGCGGUGCACUGGGAGUGGAAGAGAGCCUCAGAGCCUCACAGAAGCGUGUCGAUGCGGAGGGAACCCGGCUCCAAGCGCCGUCGCCGCUGAGCCCGAGCUGCAUGGCUGCGAUGGCCCCGGCGCUUACCGAAGCUCCCGCCGCGACUCAGCCCGGGCCCCGCGGCCUCAAACCGGGGGCUGAUCCCGACACCAGCGCCGAGCUCACCCGCUUGGACACCAAGCACGGUCCCGUGGAUGAGCUAGCCAGCCUGGAUUCGUCACCGAGAGUGAACGGAGAACCGGACGGCGACAGGGCGUCCUUGCCCGCGAGGACAACUCUUCCCACUUCCCUCUUCCCUCUUCCCGUUAGCAAAGAGCUCAUCCAUCGGGGCUUGUCUGACGGCACAGCCCCGAGUUUGCCUGUAGGACUGAAACUAAACUCCACCAAUUCCAUGAUCCUGAAGUCAAAACCUCUCAACACGCCUCCGAUUGCCGAUCAGAAGUCCACGAUCUGUUCAGGUCCAACCAUGAGUGUUGCAAACUCCAACACGUCUCCGACCCAAAGUCCGUUGACACAAACCACGUGCAACAACGAGUCAGGAAGUCCAACCAACGUUAGUAAUUCCCAGAAAACGGAAAAUUCCACCUCUACAAACCAGGAAAGUAGUUCACAACAUGCAGAAAACAGCAGAUCCGAUCACACAGAAGACCCUGGUAAAGAGGACCCAGCCUGUAGUAGUAGUAGUAAUAGUAAAUGUGAGUGUAGCUGUGAGGAUGUAGCAAACUGUAAUAGUACUAGUAGUAGUAACAGUAGUCAGAAUGACACAACAAGCAAGUGCACAUGUGGGAAACAACAACAACCACCACCACCAUCCCAGGGCUUGAACCUAGAACUAAGGGAAGCGAUAUUCACAGGUAGACUGUCGGACGUAGAAGAGCGACAAUUCGCGCUCCAGCGAAGGUCCGAACGGCUAGAGCGGCGACUUCGAAAACUCCAAUGCAGGCAAGCAGCUUCGCAUAGCAGGGUUCAGUUAGGAGCUUUCUUAGACCAAGCGUUGCCCCCGCAGUUGGAUUCUUCUUCCUCCAAAGUCGAGGUGAAAUCGGAACUGGACCAGACGGUGGUUUCGACAGGUAGCAGCCAGGUAGGCGCAGGUGACAGCACACCGCCACAGCCCGCCCAUCGUAGCGCAUCGCUCCUAGCCCAGCGUCUCCUAGCAACAAGAACGCCACCGUUCGAGGGUCAGAGUCCGGGCAGUGAAGGGUCGUGGCGAAGGAAGUUAUCCGGGGAAGUUACCGACGUUACGGGGCGUCUUCAGACGAACUUGAAGCACCUGGAGAGAUGUAUCGACUCGGACGCAACCGAGAGCAGCUCAGGAGGAGAGAGUGAGGAGGAGGAUGCGGUUGCCGAUAGCAAUGCAGUGCUGCAUGAUUUUCCCCUACACAAGUGUGCGACCUGGAAGUGGGCCAUGGACAGAGCUGCCAUCGCGUCGCGCUGGACGUGGCUUCAGGCGCAAGUCUCGGACUUGGAGUACCGAAUCCGCCAACAGAGCGACAUCUUUCGCCAGAUACGCGCCGCGAAGGGCCAGGUCGUCUUGGGGGACCCCGAAUCUCCGAAGGAGUUCUUUACGACGAGUAGGACGAAGCCGAACCGGAAACUGUCCCCUAUCGAAGCGAAGAUCGCAAACCUGGAGAGAAGUAGCCAGCUGUCGCCGUGCAACAUCAGCCAGCUGCUGAGCAACGUGGACAAGCAGGCGUCGAAGCUGACACAAUCACUGGGGAACUGCUACUCCCCUCGAACAGCCUCGCCUGUCGCAAGCACCGCUUCAACAACCGCAGGGGGGGACAGCAGUAACGGGAACGGCGGUAGCAGUUCCAAGAACAAGGUCCCCGCCCCGAAACCGAUGAACGGUUUGGUGGACGGAGCGGCGAAGUUUCCCGCAGAAAGCGAGUUGUCCGAUUUAGACGACCCGGCGCACAAGAAGCUCAGGCUAGACGCGGUUGCCACGCCACCUCCCACCGUAGGGAACGAUCUAACCUGCCAGUGCGCGAGGACUCGACCGGUUCGGAGCUACCGGAAGCGGAAGUUGUUGCGAACGUUCGGGAUGUGGCAGGUAUGUCGCAAGGCGUCGAAGCUGUCCACGGUUCGCUGCGGUUGCGCGCCGCCGAACACGCCGUGCGUGAUGUGCGGGGGUCGGCUGAACAACGCGCAGAAGGUGGAGCCGAACCUGUCAUCGCAGGUGGAAAGAGUCGCCAUCAUGGACCCAUCAUUCCAUCCUGUACUGUCAUUCCCUCAAGACAUCCCCCUGUCGGUGCACUUCCAGUCACUGCUGAAAACCGGAGACUGGCAAAACCGCCCGACGCCCAAACCUUCACAAUCCAACAAAAGGUUGAAGGGUUCUCCCGUGACGCCGUCACCCUCCCAGUACCAGCGGGCAGCCGACAACCGGGCCAGGAGAGUCAGCAAGAAACUGGCCCAGAGUGCUGCAGCAGCACUACUCACUACUGCAAAGUUGCGAGGAAACAAGGUGGACGGUAAACAGCUCUCGCGGUCGCUGUCUGGCUCGCUGCCGUGCACGCCGAAGCCGAACGCAGCGGAUGGCACACGCCUCUGCCGGACAGACGCACGGAAGAAGCGAGCAGCCGCCCAGCUCGCGAUCGCUGCCUUCAGUAAGAAGAACCGUUUGCGGAACCGAAGCCUGUCGCUGACGCACGUAUCCGGGCGUGACCGUGGUUACCAUGCCACGCCCUCCCCCACCAGCUCCGACUCACCCAACACUCCGCUCUCCAUAUCCUGUCCUGCUAACUCACUACAGGCUGUGCUUAACAAGAAGCGUCAGGGUCACAGUGCGUUUGACAUCAACAACAUUGUCAUCCCAUAUUCCAUGGCGUCCACAACUCGCGUUGAGAGGCUGAAAUACAAGGAGAUUCUCACACCAAAGUGGAGAAAGGUUAGUAAGGCUGGUAAAGAGGAGCCAGAGACACCUGAGAAGGAGACACCUGUGGUUCCCAACGGCACGACCGAGACAGAGGAACCAGAGAGGGAGGAGGAGGAGGAGGAAGAGGAGAUCGAGGAUCUUUCCGACGAUCUGAUCUCCGUCCGACACAACAAGUGCGAGCACGCGGAGAAGCAGCGAUUCCUGGCGUUCGUCACCCACAAGAGCCGCUCCCGCUCGAACCGAACCAACAGCGGCACCCCGGAACCCGCUUCUCCCGACGUGAACCUCGAUUCCUCCAUGGGAACUCCUCUCAGUCUUAACAUCCCCUCUCCGCUAACCCCCGUUUCGAAGGACAGCCCGAUUAGUCCGGCAAACGUCACGCGACAGAACUCAAAAGGGCGCAGAAGUUCGACCGAAGAGGGCCCGCGAUCGGCAACGCCUUCGAUCGAAGACUUCGGAGGCUGGCUGGAUCCGUGGCCGCGGCGGAAAUUCCCGCUAAACGAGGAAGAGUACAACUUCCUCAUCAGCCCGAUGGCGCCGCACCCCCCACCUCCCCCCGCGCUCAGGCCCACAACCACCACCCCCCUCACCACGCGUAGUGAACCCCCCCUCCCCGACGGAGAGGUCAACGCCCUGACGUUACCUGCCAUGACCCCGGUGCCGCCGAAUGUCGACACGCCGCCCGCCGAGGUCAUGAUGGAAACAGACGACAGCGAAGACGACCCGGAAGACCCGAAUGAUCCGGAAUGGACGAUUGUUUCGCCUGCUCGAGCCCGCGUAAGCACCACCCGACCAUCCAUAGUACUGAGGCUCGCAAAAAGGUGAUAUUGCAAGAAAAAAAGGGACAGAAAAGACGAGAAAAAAAUGUAAAAUUCAGCGUGUGGAAAGAAGGAAGAGAAAGAAGGGUUUUGCAGUAGUAGGGUUCGGUCUGCAUUCUUUCAGAUGUACAUUAUAUCAAAUGUAAUUCAGAUACAGCUUCAAGUAGUCACACGCUUCACCUGUAAACUAGACAGACGAACUUUUUGUGGAGAUUUAAGGAAUUAGAAACAUUCGGGAGGGAAUCUAUAAUAAUGUACACAUGGGUGGAGAGGUAGACGAUACAUUGUAUAAAUGUAAAUACAUGGUGAUUUCAUGUGGGGUUUGUAAUUUACUUUGGAUGAUGGUGACUGUUGAUGAUGCCCCCUCCCCUUCCGUACCACAUUGUGUACAUGUGUUCUUUAGAGAAAAUAUUCCGCAUGUUUGUUUUUUGAGUAAGAGUAUCAAA